ACGUGAACUUGAUCCGAGUUAAUAUUUUGAAAUAGAAAAAUCAAAAUGAAGACGCCGAAAAAUAAAUCAAAGAAGAGCAAUGCUGACAUAAAGCAACAAGAUAAAGCAGUGGACGUGUCAGAGGAAAGUAAAACAGUCAAAAAGAAGCCAAAAGUAAAGAAAACAAAAGCCACAACCGAUACAAUAAAGAAGGCGGCUGUGGCGGAAGCGAAAACGAGCCCAAAGAAUUUAACAGCCGCUGAUUUAGCAAAGAUCAAGAAGAAGAAGGCCAAGAAGCAGGCACAAAAACUCAAAAAAAAGGAAAACAAAUUGGCAAGCAAAACAACAGCAACAGUGGAAAUUGAGAGUGAAAAGGUUAAGUCGGAGCCCAAAGCAGUGGUAACAUCAAAUAAAGAGCAGAAGACUCCUGCCAAGGAAAAAAAGCCCUCCAAAACGAAUCCCAAAAAGGAAAAGAAGCUCAAGGCGAAGGCAAACAGGAAAACGAAUGACAAAGAUGAAGAUGAAGUGAAGCGGGAGCGGGAUCCAGCUGCAGAAGCAGCGACCAUAUUUAUUGGAAAUCUUCCCAUAAAUACGAAACGUGUGCAAUUGGUGCGUCUGCUGCAGCCCUUCGGCACCGUGAACUCCAUCCGCCUGCGCACGGCUGGUGGCAAGCAUCUGUUCAAGCACAAGCAGCGCAAAGAGGCCGGCUCCUUAAAUGCCUACGUGGUGCUCAACAGUGCGCAGGUGGCGGAGAAGGCACUUGCUUUAAAUGGCACCGAAUUCAAAGAGAAUCAUUUACGUGUGACGCCGGCUGCAAAAGCCGGAACAACUGCAGGCAAUGAUCUAUCAUCAGCAUCGUCAGCACCCAGCGAUGCGGAUAACAAGCGCACCAUAUUCGUUGGCAAUCUGAAAUACUCUGCGAAUGAGGAAAAGCUGCGUGAGAUCUUCUCCAGCUGUGGCGAAAUCGACUAUAUACGUUGUCUCCAUGAUGGCGAGCGGGGUUGUAAGGGUGUCGCCUAUGUCUGCUUCCAGCAGCCGGAUGCAGUCGGUCUGGCACUGGAGCUAAACGAGACGAUGCUGGACGAGAGACCAAUCCAUGUGGAACGCUAUGCAGUUAAGAAACUGGGUGCAAAGCAGGCACGCGAUUCAGCUGCGGCUGCAGCCGCCAAAGCAACUCCCCAAAAAUCAAAGAAAAUGCUAAAUUCGAAAGGUGCCCAGAAGCGCAUCGACAAGAGACAAAAUAAAGCCAAUGGAAAACCAGCUCAAGCCGCAAACAAAAAGAAGUCCGAUUACAGAGGCGUCAAAAUGGAUGCCAUCAAAAAGGACAAGAAACCCAAAAAGAAAUCCAACAAUCAAAUGAACGCAUUGGCCAAGAAAAUAGCGCCAAAGCCCAGCAAAUGACUUGAUUAAAUUUAUGUUUUUAGGCAUUAAUGUAAAUAAUUUACAAGCACCAGAAAGCAACUACUGUUUUUUUUUAAUGUCUUAGAUUUUACUUAAAUUCAAAUAUAAAAUUAUUAAAAAGGAGGCCGUUAAA